CCCAUGAGUCGAAGGAUUUCGGCAGAGUUUGGCCGCUUGGCAUACGUGUGGAUUGCCAGCUCGCCAGCUUCCCCUUUGUUGUUCUGCCUGCGCUGCGCAGUUGGAUUCUGCUAACUUUAUUGUUCUCUGCUUCUAACAUCCUCCUCGAACAUUCAUCCUCCCCACGACCUACAGACCACCCUUGUCUAUCACUGUACCUUCAAGCGCCUCCGCUCACUCACUCGGUUUCCCAAACCUCCCGCGGUCGAGCUCUGUCCAAGUUGCGCUUGGGCCGUCAUCAUGGACUUCUCCAAUAUCUUCCGGCUGGUUAAUCUAGUCGUGGGAGCGAUCAUGGUCCUUGGAGGAAUUAGCCAAUUCUUCCCAAUUGGAUUUCGAAGCAUCAUCGUGGGCAUCUACGUGAUCAUCUUUGGGCUGGCUGUCGCCGGACUCGAACUAUUGCCACAAGUCCCACCGUAUCUCCCCAAAUACGCCAGCUUUCUGUUUUCCUUCCUCGGUCGAGGCAUCUUCUACAUCUUCGUUGGUUGCAUCAUCCUGGAGGGACACGUUCUGCGAAUCAUUGCUGGCACCAUUGUCGCUGCCAUUGGCGUCGGUUACUGCGCGCUAGAGUUUGCACCCUCGAUUGAGCCACCCUCCAACAUGCGUGACGCCGACGCUGGCUGGGGCGCUGAACAGGUCUAAGAGCCCAGGAGCAACCUAGCACAGGUAUCGAUUGAGGAACAACCAUCUCCACGGUUGAUGUAUUUUAAUUUUUGGUCGAGUUCUGGUCUGGUCGACUGACAGGGAGGACGUUGAAGCCAAACGAACAACCUUCGGCAGGCCACGAGUGUGAGGACAAACGUCCAAGUCAUCAGAA